CAAAAACAGUUGCCCGACAUUUGACUUGUAAACAAAAACAACGCAUCUGCGGAAAAUUCUGUUUCUUGCAAAAAUUAGGUGGAGAAUUACUAAAGAAUUCACUGAAUUCUCUUUCUAAACUUUCAUAUAACCUCAAAGUGUCCGGGAGUCGCCAGAAUGAUCAUCCCAAUUCGGUGUUUUACCUGUGGAAAGGUUAUAGGCAAUAAAUGGGAAGCCUAUUUGGGGCUCUUGCAAGCAGAAUACACUGAGGGAGAUGCCUUGGAUGCUCUAGGCCUGAAGCGAUACUGUUGCCGAAGAAUGCUCCUGGGUCACGUGGAUCUAAUUGAAAAACUUCUGAACUACGCCCCUCUGGAGAAAUAAAAUUGUGAGUCUCGUAUUUUGUUAAAAAAAAAACACUUUUCGGUUUAUGGAUAAAAAGAUAACUUUGAAUGGAAAGAUGAACAUUUUUAUUG